GAGCCGCGGUUAGUCUCGCGGGGAGGUCGUGAGCGUGUGAGGUAUCCCUUGCAGUGUUGCGCGCAGGUAGCUGCAGCAGCAGGAGCAGAAGCCGCCGUGUGAGGGAGCCAUGAAGCACUCUGAGCUCUUGGUGCAAAACAUGCCACUAUUUAUUGUGUGUCCCUACCCACCCCCAGCCCACGCCUGGAAUGCAGCUUCUGUGAAGGCAGGGGUUUGUUCACUGCAGUGCCCAGGGGAAGAGCGGAGGCAGGAAAGGAUGAAUGCAUGAAGGAGAGAGCGUGAGGCAGUGGCUCCCCGAGGCCUCUUGGCUGGUGGAGAUUCUGGACGCAAAGACCCGGGAGAAGCUGUGCUUCCUGGACAAGGUGGAGCCCCAAGCCACCAUUGCUGAGAUCAAGAACCUUUUCACCAAGAGCCAUCCACAGUGGUACCCCGCCCGCCAGUCCCUCCGCCUGGACCCCAAGGGCAAGUCCCUGAAGGAUGAGGAUGUUCUGCAGAAGCUGCCCGUGGGCACCACAGCCACACUCUACUUCCGGGACCUGGGGGCCCAGAUCAGCUGGGUAACGGUCUUCCUGACAGAGUACGCCGGGCCCCUUUUCAUCUAUCUGCUCUUCUACUUUCGGGUGCCCUUCAUCUAUGGCCACAAAUAUGACUUUACGUCCAGUCGGCACACGGUGGUACACCUUGCCUGCAUCUGCCACUCAUUCCAUUACAUCAAGCGCCUGCUGGAGACGCUCUUCGUGCACCGCUUCUCCCACGGCACCAUGCCGUUGCGCAACAUCUUCAAGAACUGCACCUACUACUGGGGCUUCGCCGCGUGGAUGGCCUAUUACAUCAACCACCCUCUCUACACACCGCCAACCUACGGAGCUCAGCAGGUUAAACUGGCGCUCGCCAUCUUUGUGAUCUGCCAGCUCGGCAACUUCUCCAUCCACAUGGCCCUGCGGGACCUGCGGCCAGCUGGGUCUAAGACCAGGAAGAUCCCAUACCCCACCAAGAACCCCUUCACAUGGCUCUUCCUGCUGGUGUCUUGUCCCAAUUACACCUACGAGGUGGGGUCCUGGAUUGGCUUUGCCAUCAUGACACAGUGCCUCCCAGUGGCCCUCUUCUCCCUGGUGGGCUUCACCCAGAUGACCAUCUGGGCCAAGGGCAAGCACCGCAGCUACCUGAAGGAGUUCCGAGACUACCCGCCCCUGCGCAUGCCCAUCAUCCCCUUCCUGCUCUGAAUGGCAUCCCCUCACCCAGGCUCAGCCAAGCCAGGCUCGUGUCCCCCCGCCCCAGUGUCAUUCUGGGCGAGGAGUGGGAACCACUGCUCUCCAGCGUCUGGAAUAAAACCUGCCUGCCCAGCUGGGCUCAGA